AAGUUGAUGAGCCAGAUUUUAAUACGUCUAGCUUAAAAGAAACAAAGCAAGUUGAAGAUAACUCUGAUAAUAGUACAAAUAUAGAUAAUGAGAAUAUAGAGAUUCAUAGUUCUGAUAACCAAGAUAUCAUUGACAAAUCAGGUCCAAUAUUUGAUCUCAAGAAUAUUAAUGAAUCUAAUACAAUAUUUAAAAAAUCUAAUACAAUGUUUGAAGAAUCUAAUACAAUAUUUGAAGAUUCUUAUCCAACAUUUAAAGAACCCAAUCCAACAUUUAAAGAAUCCAAUCCAACAUUUGAAGAAUCCAAUCCAAUAUUUGAAGAAUCUAAUCCAAUAUUUAAAGAAUUCAAUACAACAUUUGAAGAACCCAAUCCAAUAUUUGAAAAAUCUAAUGCAAUGCUUGAAGAACCCAAUUCAAUAUUUAAAGAAUCCAAUACAACAUUUGAAAAACUCAAUCCAACAUUUGAAGAAUCUAAUCCAAUGUUUGAAGAAUCCAAUCCAAUGUUUGAAGAAUCUAGUUCAACAUUUGAUGAAUCUAGUUCAACAUCUGAUAAAUCUAGUUCAAUAUUUGAUAAAUCUAGUUCAAUAUUCGAUGAAUCUAGCCCGAUAUUUGAUGAACUUAAUCCAAUAUUGAAUAAACAAGAUAUCGCUAAUCAAAUAGUUAUUUGUGAGUCUGGUCAAAGAUCUAAAGAAUGUAUAUUAGAAAAUUACAAGACUGUUAACAAAAGUUUGAGUGAUGAUAGUGAAUAUAGUGAUUGCAAUAAGAUAAACAAUGCAGAAUUUCCAAGUUUAGCAUAUCAGGAUUUUAUAGAGAUA